AUGGAGAGAGCCCUUACUCACAUCCGUGAGAAGGGGACGUUUCCGCCCUUCGUGGACUCCAAAGAAGAUAAAAACUCUGUCGGUAGAUGCCCCGUCUCUGACGCCAAGAUCGAAGCCGUCAAGGCAAAGAUCGAAGCCUGGCUCCAGCCUGGAAACCCAGGGCACGCCAUCUUCACCGAAGGUAAGCUCAACGUGUGCCUCUUUGAUGGGUUCCUGCUCUACUGCAAGGAGAUGGAGACCACGAUGAAGCUUAUCGACAUUAAACUAUUUCUUUUGGUAAGCCGUGCCAAGGCAACCCAGCGUCGUGAAGCGCGCGACGGCUAUGUCACUUUGGAGGGCUUCUGGCAGGACCCUCCUGGAUAUGUUGACAAGAUUGUCUGGCCUAACUACGUGGAGUCCCAUGCGUGGCUUUUCAAGGAUGGUAACGUAGAGGGUGAGUUGAAUGAAGAAGUCCUGAGCGAGAAGAAUAUCAAGGCGCAAGUUGGCAAGGGGCUCGAUAUUGAUAUGGAGACUACUUUGGAGUGGACUGUCGAUACCAUCAUCACGGAGUUGGAGAAGCGGGCUUCUGGGCAGUCUUGA